CGCUCGGAAGUUGGACUGGAGCGGCGUCGGGAGCGGAACGGGGGGAAAGUUUGCAAUCGGGGCUGGAUUUACUGGCGCGGCGCAGGAAGCAGCCCCCGGGAGAGAGCGAGCGCGAGGGGUUGCUGCAGAGCCGCGAGCACGGAAUUCAGAUGUGUGCUAAGCCUGCUGGAGUGACCAUACUUCCAAGACCCGAUGGAGGCCAGAGCUCAGAGUGGCAGCGGGUCACAGCCCUUGCUGCAGGCGCCCCGUGACGGAGGCCGGCAGCGCGGCGAGCCCGAGCCCAGAGAUGCCCUCAGCCAGCAGGUACACGUCCUGUCUCUGGAUCAGAUCCGAGCCAUCCGGAACACCAAUGAGUACACGGAGGGGCCUACGGUGGUGCCCAGACCCGGGCUCAAGCCGGCCCCUCGCCCCUCCACGCAGCACAAGCACGAGAGACUCCACGGGCUGCCCGAGCAUCGCCAGCCCCCCAGGCUGCCCUCCUCCGCCCGAGCCCCCCUGGCCAGGUCCAUCAGCACGGUCAGCUCGGGCUCCCGGAGCAGCACACGGACCAGUACCAGCAGCAGCUCCUCAGAACAGAGACUGUUAGGGUCCUCAUUCUCUGCCGUGCCUGCGGCCGAUGGAAUAAUCCGGGUGCAGCCCAAAUCCGAGCUCAAACCGGGUGAACUGAAGCCGCUGAGCAAAGAAGAUCUGGGCCUGCACGCCUACAGGUGCGAGGACUGCGGCAAGUGCAAGUGUAAGGAGUGCACCUACCCCAGGCCUCUGCCCUCGGACUGGAUCUGCGAUAAGCAGUGCCUUUGCUCAGCCCAGAACGUGAUUGACUAUGGGACUUGCGUGUGCUGUGUGAAAGGUCUCUUCUAUCACUGUUCUAAUGAUGAUGAGGACAACUGUGCUGACAACCCGUGCUCUUGCAGCCAGUCUCACUGGUGUACGCGUUGGUCGGCCAUGGGCGUCAUGUCCCUCUUUUUGCCUUGUUUAUGGUGUUACCUUCCAGCCAAGGGUUGCCUUAAAUUGUGCCAGGGGUGUUAUGAUCGCGUUAACAGGCCUGGAUGCCGCUGUAAAAAUUCAAACACAGUUUGCUGCAAAGUUCCCACUGUCCCACCCAGGAACUUUGAAAAACCAACAUAGCAUCAUUAUUAAUCAGGAAUAUUACAGUAAUAAGGAUCGUUCCUCUUUUUUUUUUU